UUUAAUCUGACCAAGUAUUUUUUUUAAUACAUACAUCAUUAUAGUUUACUCGCCAGAGUUUACAAUAAAAAGAAGAAAAAAUGAGUAAUAAAAAAAUGAAAAAUGUGAGGAAAAAGACAUGAAUAAAAUAUAACCACCCUUAAAAACUUUUUCAGGAAGUUUGGAUAAAGCACAGAACUCUCUACAAAAAACAAAGUCGACGGAAGGAUCUUUUUAAACAAUACGAAACUUUUCAAAACGCAAAUAUAAGAAGCUAAUAACAAAUAUACACACAUAUAUAUAUAAAAUAUAUAAAAUAUAUAAACACAAAAAUUGCAUUUUAUUGAUUCGAUCACUUCAGAGAAGGAAUUUCUAAAAAUUAAUAAAUAAAAACGUUAAAGUCUUAAAAAAAAGAAGAAAAAAUAUUCACUUUCCGAACUCUAAAGGAUAAGUUUAAAAGAUUGAUUAGCGGAGAAUAUAAAACGGAAUAUUCAACACUAAGAUAAAAGUUUAGUGAUAUUGUGGAGUUCAUCCUACAUUGGCAAGGAAUCGAUUAUCAGGAGAAACAGCCAAGGGAAAGUGAUGGUUCACAAAAGUUUUCUUCACACUUUAUGGAUUCUACUAGUGGGUCUAAUAGUGAUCGAAGCAGUAAAGCUUUCAAAUAAUAAUGUGGAGAAAAAAACAUUCUGCGAAUUAUCUGCAUCAAAAAGAAUGUUACAUAGUCUUGGUAUAAACUCUCUAGCGUCAUCAUGUUUGUUGAAAUCAAAAAGAGAUAUCGCUCAUUUAGUCAGCAGUUAUUUGGAAAGGGAGUUAUUUCCAGAAAAAAGAGAUCUAGUCGAUGAACUUGAAGAUUAUAUAAAAAAAGAAAUGUUUCACAAAAGAGGAAGUUAUUGCUGUAGUCCGCGAUGUGACAAAUUUAUGAUGAGGAUGGGAACACCAAAUGCUGCAUUAGUUCAAUGCAACAAUGGUUGAUCGCAUGUCGACACUCUUAUUUUACAAUUUGAUAUUUUUUUAGUUUGAUUUUUUUAAGAAAAUUUAAUUUAGUAGGAUAAUGGAUUAUUGUUAUUUUUUUUUCAAGACAAGACCUUUAAAUUUGCCCAAUCCCAAUCGACUACCACCGCAGUUAUUCGAUCCUGUAUAUGUCUUCUAAAGCCGAUAUGAAAUUUCGAAGGCGUGUGCUUUUGAAAUUCAUAAGUGAGCGUUAUAAUGUCAAGCUGACUAAAAUAAUAGUUUAUAAUUUUUCCCCGUCGUCGUCGUCGCUGCCAUCGUCGUCGUCGUGAUGUUGCUGUCAUUGUCGUUGUCAUUAUCGUCGUCGCUACAAUCGUCGUCGUGGCCAUCAUCGUUAUCGUCGUUGCCAUCGUCUCCGUAGCCGUCGCCGUGGUAAUCGUCGUCAUCGUUAUUGUCGACGUCGAUAUGUAUAAAUAAUGAGUCAGCCUGCGUCACAAAGCUCCAUGGUGCUUUUAUAAAGUUAUUGAAGAAAAAUUUAAUUAUAAGGGUGUCUUCGUUGCGUUACCAUACGAACAAGAUUUGUGGACCACAUUUAUACUUCUCAAUUACUUAUUAUAUAUUUUAGUUUUAUAUACGAUAAUAAAAACUUGAUGUAAAAUAUAA